GUUGCAUCAAAAAACCAAAAUAUAUAAUAAAGAAUAAUCUCCAUGACAAGAAAACUCAUUUAACCAUAAUAUCUAGACUUUCAUAUAAAUACACAAACAAUGAAACAUAUAACUCAACAAGUGUCAUAAUCAAAGCAUUUGUAUAACUACAAUUUGGUGAGGCACAAAUAGUAAUAUUUAUUCUAAAGUUAUUAUGGCUUUCAAUUCACAACGUACAUUUAGAGCACCAACUUUCCGGUCACAACUUUCAGUUCGUCGUGUAUACGAGACUUUGCAGCCUCCAUCAGAGAUGAAAGAAACUCCUGAAGCUUACCUUCUUCAUGUUUAUCUUCCUGGUUUUACAAAGGAUCAAAUGAAGAUUGAGUUGCUGGACAUGUCACGAAAGUUGAGGAUUACAGGUGAACGACCGAUUCCAGGUAACAAAUGGAGAAAAUUUGACCAAACAUAUCCUGUUCCAGAAAAUAGUGAGGCAGAGAAACUUGAAGCCAAAUUUGAACAAGGUACUCUCAUCCUUAAAAUGCAAAAGAAGCCAAUUUCACAAUCAUCACAAGUAGCUCCUCAACAAGAAGUAGAAAAAAGUCCUUCAAAUAAUAAAGAUUUAGAUGAAGCAAAGGUUGAAAAAGCUCAAGAGACCAAUAUUCCACCACCACAAUCUACUAAUUUGGAAGAAUCAACUAAAGACAUGAAAAGUGAUUCACCUCAAACUUCUCAAAGCAUUGAAAAAAAGACACAAAAUGAUGAUGACACAUCAUCUCAAAUUCCUCAAAAGGGUCAACAAGAAUUUGAGCCAAAACCAACAUCUAAAGACACAACCAAUGACCAAAUAGAUGAAAAGUCUCAAAAGGGUCAAGAAGAAUUUGAAACAAGACCAACAUCAAUAGAGAGAGCCAAAACACAAAUAGAUGAAAAGCCUCAAAAUGGUCAACAAGUGUUGGAGUCAAAACCAACAUCUAUAGAGAGAACCAAAGCACAAACAAAUGAAAAGGCUCAAAAGGGUGAAGAGGAAGUAGAACCAAAAACAAUAGAGAAAUUGGUUACCAAAGAAAAUUUAGAGGAAAAGAUAGUAGGAAUGAGUGCUGAAGAUGCUGAGAAAGAAAGGAACUCAAAGAAGGAGGAAGUUGAAGAGAAAAAUGAGAAGACUUAUGAGUCAAGCAAGAAUCAAAACUUAGAAGAAAAGGAAGUUGAAAAAGCAGAACCUUCUGCUCCAAAUGUUCCAGAGAAGGAAAAGGAAUCUUGCUGCAGAAUUCCUCCCAAUCAAGAAGGAAAGAAUGGAAUCAGAAAAUUUGCUGCUACUUCUUCUCAGUUUGUGACGAGAAUUGCUGAAGGGAAAUUGAGUGGUGAAGAGAAACAUUUAGUUGAAAAUGUAGGUGCUGCAGUUCUAGUGAUUGCUGCAUUUGGAGCCUAUGUGUCAUAUUGGUUUUCCUCUUAAAGGAGAACUACAUAAUUUACUAGUUCUACUCAUUCCUCACACUUGCACAUCAAUAAAUGAUGAACCAUAUAUCAUGGUUUCUUAAACACAUAUCAGUCCAUGACUCAUAAUUUCUAAUUUAUUGGAAUAUCAAAUGCAAAGUUGUAAUGA